AUGCCUAUUUUUCUGCAUCUAUCUAUCUAUCUAUCUAUCUAUCUAUCUAUCUAUCUAUCUAUCUAUCUACACAUCUAUUCAUAUCUAUCUAUCUAUCUAUCUAUCUAUCUAUCUAUCUAUCUAUCUAUACAGUCUAUUCAUAUCUAUCUAGCUAGCUACCAUAGUCUGUUCAUAUCUAUCUAUCUAUCUAUCUAUCUAUCUCUCAUUCUUUUCCGUCCAAUGCGUCUGUGUUCUCUGUCUGUCUCUGUCUCUCGAAGCGCGCAGUGCAGAAUAGUUGAUAAUCUAUCUAUCUAUCUAUCUAUCUAUCUAUCUAUCUAUCUAUCUAUCUAUCUCAUUCUCUUUCGCUCUCUCUAUUUACCUAUCGCACUUUUUCAUCUCGCUCCCAUCAUAUUCUCUCUCUCUCUCUCUCUCUCUCUCUUUCUCAGACUAAUUCUCUUUCGCUCUCUCACUUUGUUCAUCUCACUCACAUGUUCUCUCUCAGGCAAUUCACAUCUAUCUAUCUAUCUAUCUAUCUAUCUAUCUAUCUAUCUAUCUAUCUAUCUAUCUAUCUAUCUAUCUAUCUGUCUAUCUAAUCCUGUUAUUUCUUUCUUUACCUAUCUUUGUUUAUCCUGCUGCCACCAUAUUCUCUCUUUCUCUCUCUCUCAGCCAGUUCAUAUCUAUCUAUCUAUCUAUCUAUCUAUCUAUCUAUCUAUCUAUCUAUCUAAUGCUUUCUCUUUCUCGCACUUUACUUAUCUCACUCCCACCAUAUUUUUUCUAUCUAUCUAUCUAACCGAGUAA